UUAGGAAACAGCUGACGACAGAUGAUGCAAUGUGAUUGGCUAUUUUAAAUAUUCUGCUGCAUUUCAAAUCUUUGUUAUUUUGUUGUUAAUUUCUUUUGAUUCUUUCUACUAUUUUCAAUUAAUUUUAAAUUGUGCUUUGCUAAUCAUCUGUAGUCAUGCCUAAUACGGAUAAAGGAUCACCUCCGUUAAGCUUAACCCGAAUCCGACAUUUAUACAGCAAAUUUCGUAAUCGAGCAAGUAAUCCUGAAGGUUUUGACUCCAAACUUAAUUAUUGGAUUGGAGCAAUCAAUGAAUGGAGUGUGAAGGAGAAAAGGUACCAGUUUAAUUUGGUUGAAAUCAGCAAGGCUUUCAAACGUGAUAACUUGAUACCUGAUUUAGAGUGCUUAAGACUUGUGGCAUCUGAACUGAAACGUCGUAAUAAUCUUGUGUCUCGAGAUUAUUUUAUUAAUAAUGUUUGUGCUGAUAAUGGUUCCAAUUCAAGCUGGCUAUCCUGGGGAUUGGGAUCUUUAAGCAAACCUCUGAAAUUUGGUUUAUCAUGGUUUAAUAAUCAAGGAGAUGAACAAGAAGAAUGUGAAAUAAUCGAUCCAGAUAUUACUAAUAGCUUAGCAUUGGUGAACGUUGAUGCAGUAACUUCUGGAGCCAAGGAACUGAUGACACUACUCACGGAGCAUCAAUAUAUUGACAAAUGUCUCAAAUAUGAAGAAUUCGAACGACUGAUUUUGACCAAUUUUGAAAUAGAACCCGAUCAGUUGGAUGUUUUGUUGUUAUAUUUAAUCGCUAACAAGCAAGCUGUUACUAUGGAAGACAAAGGAACUAAAUAUAUCAAAUUUGGUGAUAACAUUCAGUUCAGUGAUAUGGAUAUAAGCUUGAGAAGGCUUGAAUCAGCUCGUGAUCUAAUCGAAGAUGAUAUAAUCAAGGUUGAAAUUGAAAUCGAGAAAGCUCUCGAAGAGGCGAAGGCUGCCGUAAAAUCUUCCAACAGAAUAAAAGCCAAGGCAUUAUUAAGAAAGAAAAAGAGGUUGGAGGACGUUUUGAGCAAGAAAGAAGCUCAGCUUGAUAAUAUUCAUUGUCUUUCGGAGAAAUUGGUUGAUGUUCAAUCAAACAAAGCUGUUGUUCAUGCUUACAGAGAGGUUGCUGAUGUUUUAAAAUCAGCGCAGCUUAAACACGAAGAAAUUAAUGAUACCAUUUCCAGCAUUGAAGAUGUUUUCGAAAAUCAAAAUGAUGUUCUCAGUGACUUGGGUCGAAGCAUGGCGACAACCAUUAUUGAUGAUGACGAAUUGGAAGCUGAAUUGAAAGCAUUCAUGGCAGAAGAUGAAGAUAUUGAAGUACCUAAAGUUCCAGACCGCUCACCCAAAGUUACUGAUGACAAACUUGAAGAUUUGUACACACGGCUUGAAAAUCUUCGUCGACCUAUCACAGAUGAUGAUGAAUUGAUGGAAGGAUCAUCUCGCAAGUCAAUCAAGCGAAAGGCAAAUUAAAGAAACCUUUAGUCGGAAUUUAAGUUAAACUCUCAAGUGCUGGCAAUGGAUUUCUGAACAGUAAAAAAAUCUGUUACAACUAUAUUGCCCCAAAUCAAACUAAUUGUUUUAGUCUUGUCUUUACUUUUAACAAUAUUUUCAGCUUAAAUUAAAUUUUUUCUACAACUGUUUAAUUGUGCUCAUUCUUAUCUCUUCAAUAAUCUCACUUCAGAUUUCAAAUGGUUUUACACUGCUUCCAUAAAAGAACCGAAUUUUCCAAUGAACCUAAAUACUUGGCUUUCGAUUCCAUUCCUUGACCAUCUCUUUACUAUCAUGUUGUCUGUCCAUCUUGUCUCAACGCUAUUAAAUAAUGUAUCUAAACUUUUAAACUUUGUAAACUUACAUGAUUUUUUCAAUUUCAACUAACACGAUGAUAGAAAUAAAAGCUUCUGAUUGAAAGUAACAAUAAAGAAAUUAUAGAAAUUA